AUGGCGUCGUCCCUCGCCGCGCAGCUGUCGCAAGUCGCGGCCAAAGCAACCCAUCAAUUCGACCUAAAAGCUCAAAGAGCAGCUCACGCGCAGUCGUUGAUAUUCGAGAAGAAAGUCGCUGGCACACAGGAUUUCGAUACGAUUUACCAGGUAUACUACGAAGGGUUCCAGGAAUUAUGUACCCUCGACGCUCGCUUUCAGUCCUUCCAGCAAAAUCUUUUCAGCGAACAAAGCAAAGCCGAAGAUAGAAGCCAGAUGACCGCGGCCCAGAAUAAGGACCUGGACGUUGUCAUAGAAGAGUUUCUUGUCUUAGUCGGUAGCCGGUUACUCCUCAAUCCAGCCGUGAAGGCCGUCGACUGGCUUAUUCGUCGAUUCCGGGUUCACGAAUACAACACCGGAUUUCUACUUCUUACGUUCUUGCCAUACCAUACCACUCCCUUAUUUCUCAAUCUUCUGUCCAUCUUACCGGAUAAUUUAACCACUACGUUUAAGGUGCUACAUCCAUACAAGCGAAGCUUGGUGCUACCUCCACGAGGCUCUAUUGUACACAGUGCUGCAACAAACAAAGAGUUUUUCUCCGCCUUGAAUAGCUAUGUUAUGCAAGCCAGCAAGGCUAGAGCGCAUUACCAGGGCCUCAUUUCUUUCUGGGCUGGCGUUACGGCGGAGGCCCUUUCGACAAUGCUUGACUCUGCGCAAUCAGGAAGGAUGGAAGUGGAACGACGGAAUAAAGAAGACGUUUUGAUCCGUAUUUUGCCAACACUUAGCACCGGCCUUUCGUUAAAAAAGGCACCACAGCUUGUUGUUGCCUGCUACAUGCUCUGUGUUGUUCUGGCCAAUAAGGGAUCCCUUAGCAAUACGGCUAUCGAUAGUUUAAUGGAAGCAGUGGCAGGAUCUUGGACCAGGGACACCAUUGCUUCUGGGGUUACUUGCCUGUCAGUGAUUUUACAACAAAAGGAUCAAGCAGAGCUUCCAAAAUCUGUCAUCAAAUCAAUUCUUCGGCUGAAAGAUGCAGCUGAUGUAUUCUCUGGUCUCAGUGCAAGCCAUUCAAUAGUCAAACUACUUUCUGGCUUGAUAAAUGUACUUCUGGAAAAAGAUGAUGAGGGGCUUGCAUCUCAGUCUAUAUGUCUUGUCAGUCAAAUACUCCAACGAGAUACUAUGGGCCUGGAGGAUAAAAAACAAACAAUGGCUGCUAUACUUAAAACUGUGGAUCAAUCCCACCGCAAGGGCUGUAUGCCUGAAGAAGUACGCCAACUGGUUUCAGACACUCUCGCAACAUUCGUUGAGUCCAAAGAACUUGAUACUCUACUUCAGAAAGCAAUUGUUGAAUCUCGAGUCGACAUAAAAGCCUUGGAAAUGACUCUCCAGAUUGCCAUUGAUAACAACGGGGUGCCUGCAGAAAUAGAGGAUGUUGAGAUGGAAGAUGUGCCUGAGAGCCACCUCCAAGACGAAGAAUUUGCAACAGCCAUUGCAUCUUUAUCUCAAAGACGGAGUCAGAAACCAGAAAACUUCCUUGUCGAAUCUCCAUCUCCAUUAUUUAGCGAACUGGCCGUUUCUUUCACUCAGGCUACAACCGCUGCAACUAAAUUGGACGCAUUUCUGGACUUACCCAUCCUUCGUAGGGAUACUAGAUUUAAGAAUCCCACUCUCCUCUCAUUCCUUGUACGGUACUUUUCGGGUCCUUAUCCACCUCUAGCUCGCGCAAAGGCUAUUGGCGUGACCACAGCUUGCAUCCUUGAAUCAAAUGAGAAAGCUGUUGAUCUGCAGGCACUUGUUCCCUAUUGUAUAUCUGCCCUAUCCGAUACAUCAACACAAGUGAGAAGGGAAGCGGCUGCACUACUAACUUCCGUCGAUAACCAAUAUCUGGCAGAAAUCGAAGACUUACCCUGGGGACAUGGCAGUAUAUAUGGUGAAAAUGAACAAUCAAAGAUGGUCCAGUGGCUUUCCGGAAAGGAAAUCCACGCAUUCCUCGAUCAAGGGUUUAUGCCUGACUUGGAAGAGUGUAUACUUGAUUCUUCUCGUGUCUCAGAAACAUUCAUGCAGACUGUUCGAGGAACUACACCGAGCCAAUCCAAAGAUGCCGGCGUAGGGUUGAAGAAAUCUGUCCGUCGAGAGUUUUUCUCAUUCAUUUGUUCUCACAUCAUCAACACGCCGCUCUUCGCUACAAAGCUCAGGCUUCUAACGAUCGUCAACCGAAUUAGCAAAGUCGGGUCCACUCCUCGUACUCAAUUCUUGUCUCCCUUGCUUGAGCAAUGUAGAGCAAUUGAUUCAGAGAAAAUCAAGCGCAUCGAUACCCAAGAACACGUUUCCAUGCAGGAAUUGGAGCAACAAGUCCUCGCCAUCAUCUAUCCAAAAGACACAACCGCUAUCUCCACCCUUUUGUCACUAUUAAAAGAAAACCCUCAAUCUACAAGGCCUUCGUUUAUUGGGGCUACAUUUACCCGCAUAAAAGAUAUUUGGCCAUCAUUGGAUGAGGAGAAGGAACUGUUUGCAUCAGAGAAUUUGCUGGAUAUGUGUCUCUCUCCUAAGCCUCAGGCUGAGGAGCUAGCAAAUUCUAGCAGAGAGCUCCUCCGAUCUGUGAACUUGUCAGGUCCAGUAAUUGUCAGGUUCCUCAACACAAUAAUAUCGCCUUCUUUCAAUGUCGAUUCUCAAUCUCCUGCUCCAAAAAGACGGCGAAUGAGCCAGAGCAACCCGACCGCUAUGAACCCAGCCAGCCGGGCAGAAGCAAGCGUUCCUCUUCGGAGAAUUUCGUUCAUUCUUGAGUUGAUUGAUGCUUCUCAAGCUGAGAGAUAUCCUGAACUAAUUGGAGGUCUAUUCCAAACACUCGCCAUUGUUCACAAAUUAAAGCUACAGGUUAGGUCAGAAAUGAGCUAUCUUCUUAGCCUUAACCUUGGUAUCCUGCUUUCUAUCGUUAAUAAAUACAAGGGGUCGCCGAAGAAACUCGAUACUUCUGUCAUCAGAGCUGACUUGAUAAUCGAUUGCGUUCGCACAUCAGAGAGCCAACAAGUCCAGAACACUGCUCUUCUUUUGGUUGCGGCUCUCGCCACUGUAGCGCCUGAAAUUGUUCUUCACAGUGUUAUGCCAAUUUUUACUUUUAUGGGUUCAAGUGUUCUUCGAAAAGAUGACGAAUACUCGGCCCUUGUUAUUGACCAGACCAUUGAUCAGGUUAUUCCCCCUCUUGUUCGCUCCCUCCGAGUCCAAAAGCGGGACGUCGUCAUGGGUACAUCAGAACUGCUUCUAUCUUUCACGACUGCGUAUGAGCAUAUUCCAUCGUAUCGACGCCUCAGAUUAUUCGAGUCGCUUGUGAACAAACUUGGCCAAGAAGAUUUCCUCUUUGCGGUGUUAGCCAUGUUGGCAACUAAAUAUGGAAUGGAUAGGGAUGUGUUAGUCACAAUGACUGCUCUCGCAUCAAAUGCUGAGGCGCAACUUCAACUUACUACAUAUGCCCGUUAUUUAAGCCUUGUUCAAGAUGCAUUGCAGCCAAAACCGACUCUCUCACGAAUCCUUCUUGGAAUCGGAAGCGAGGAUGGAAGGGAGCCUCAUAAAGUGGCAGUUGAUUUACUUCAGACAUUGUCCCAUUUGCUAAAGUUUACCUCCCUUGGUAACAAAAUGGCCCAGUACUUCGAGUCUGACGAGACAGAAGGUGCUACUAAGGUGCAUAGUCUCUUCUCCAGCAUGUUAGAACGACUAUUAGCUCUAGGCGAAAGUGUUCGUUCUAUUAAGGCUAUAAGCGUUGCCUGCGGAGAUGCUCUUGCUACCUUGUUAGGCACCCUCUCUCUUGUUGAUUUCAUUGACACUAUUGAGGUUCUGCUUCAGAGGCCAAAAGAUGAUCUUCGCAGGAAAGUUCUCAGGCUACUUGAAAACCGCCUGGACAAUAGCAACGAUAGAGAUACAGCAUCUCAAUCAAAAGCUCUCUCCUUCCUGUCUGUACUUGUGGGCAUCGUGGAGACGUCGCCCGAUAUUCUGCUAAAGCAUGCUGCUGUUGCCUGCAUGGAGAAGAUUUCUGAGAAGUAUGGCAAGAAAAACCCUGAGAAAGUUGUCGAAGCUGCUAUUAUAGUGGCUGGCGACAAAUGUAUGGGGCAAAUGGACAAUCGCAUCCGUAUUAUGAGUUCCCUGUGUCUAGCAUCUAUGACGGAGGUCAUCGCGGAUGCUAUUAUCCCUGUUCUUCCUAUCGCCCUUCCACGUUCUUUAGAUCUGCUACAAAGCAGUAUAAAAUCCGGGGAACAAAAUCCGGAGCUCCACGAUGCCGUAUAUUCGCUACUCUCUGCCUUACUAGUUCACAUCCCUUACAUGAUCUCCUCAGAGGAUUUGGACAGAAUUCUACAACUCUCAUCAAGUUCAUCUCAUGCCAGCCUGUCCGAGGACUGUGACGGUAAUCGCCAGGAUGCGCUUCAGUUGCUGGCGAAACGGGUUGACGCGAAGGAGGUUUACAAUGCAGUCGAGCGCAACUGGGACUUCUCAGUUUCGAAGGGUCCGAAGGCUGUCAAGGAAACUCUUGAUAUUGUUAAGCUAUCAAUUGAGAAACACCCGAAGUCGGACACCAUUAAAAACGUUCCGGCACUCUCGAAGCUCCUGUGGAAAGUUUUUGAUUUCCGAAGAGCACAGUUCAGCCUACCUACCAGCGAUAGAUUUGAAGGACAGCAAAUUGAUGACAUAGAGGCAUGCAUCAAUGAUCUAACGAUUAAGAUGAUAUACAAACUGAACGAUACCAUAUUCCGACCGUUCUUCAUUCAACUCACCGAAUGGGCAACGGAAGAGCUAGAUAAGACCGAUUUAUCUGGCAGGCAAGCAAGACUGACAACAUUCUAUAAGUUCCUGGAAACCUUCUUCAGCACUUUAAAGUCUAUUGUCACUGGUUACUCCAGCUAUAUCAUUGACAGCGUUGUUGAUGUAUUAAAGAAUACACGGCCAAAUGUAAAAGAAAACCAGCCGCUAUGGACGGCGGUAAUGCGCACGCUUCGAAGUUCAUUUGAGCAUGACCAGGACGAAUUCUGGCAGUCACCAAGCCAUCUCAACUCAAUCUCCAGCUAUCUUAUAAACCAGUUAUCCAUGGCUAUCAGUCAAGCAUCUCUCAAGCUAGUCAUGGCAGAAGCAAUUCCAAGUAUUGUUGGGCUUGCUAUCGCAGCAGAUUCCCCGGAUAACCAGAAGGAAUUGAACACACAUAUCAUGAAGUAUAUGCGUGCCAGUGGCGGAAAUCCCGAUUCAUGUAGGGGGGCUAAUUCAUUUACUCGCCUUGCGGCGGUGAAGUGUGAGCAAAGCCUGACCGAACAACUAGGCGAGGAAUGGCUUGCACUGCUUCCUGAGAUGUUGCCAUUUAUCAGCGAAUUGAUGGAGGAUGAUGAUGAAAACGUUGAGAGAGAGGUCAGAAGGUGGGUUCUUAUGAUUGAAGAUAUCCUAGGAGAGAAGUUGGAUGAUAUGUUGGCAUGA